CGGUGGCGAGGGCGGCCACGAGCUCGACAACCACGACCACGGCAACGGGAACGAGCGGCGCGUCGCCGAGCACCACGGCUGCUGCUAUGACCACCGGAACCACCACGAUUCCGACCAGGCGACGACGCAAACGCCGGCAAAACGACGGAGAGACCACCGACGACAGAGAGGACGACGACGAGAACGAGGAAGAGGAAGAUGGUCGGGGGCUGAUCGAGGCGGAGAAGCGACUGAAACUCGACGAGGAUGCGGACAGGCCCGUCAGUCCUCUCAGAAGGGAAAAGGAGGGAGGAAGAACUCGGGAUUAUCCGACUGCCAACGCUACCGACACGGAAGGGACCAAGGAACGGACGGAGGAAGUCGCGUUGGAGCGGACACCGGUGACGCAGGGCUUGCUGAGAGUGAAAAAGGAGGAGGAGCUGCAAGAGGCGCCGAGUUCUGGAGGCGGCCCAACGAUAUCGACGACACCUGCGUCGGAUACGGAUGGGACCAGGUCAGGGUUGCCGUGUCGGGAGGUUGAUGCAACCGGCAGGAACACGGUAGCGCCGUUUUUCAUUGGAACUCGACGCACCAGCCCGCCGCCAGAAGACUGGAAGCCGUUAGACAAGUGUUACUUUUGCCUGGACGGCAAGCUACCGCACGAUGAUCAACCACCCCUCGAUAACAACAUAUCUCUAUUGGAGCAACAGAAAAUACCUCUAAGGAUGACAGCAGGUAUCGACCCCAAGAGUAUCUUUAAUUCUUGUUACCGCGCGAAACCGCGUAUGACCGGGACGGUGGCGGCUGUGGCGGCGGCGGCAGCUGCGGCAGGCGUCGGUGGUGUCCCCGUGGUGGGUGCCGGGGGUGGCCGGAGGGCCUACACCGAGGAGGAGCUGCAGGCUGCGCUCAGGGAUAUCCAGAGUGGCAAGCUUGGCACACGAAGGGCGGCCGUGAUCUACGGGAUACCACGUAGCACCCUGCGCAACAAGGUCUACAAGCUUGCGAUGGAGCGCGAAAGGGACGCGACCCUGUCUAGCACCCACUCACACCCUCACGAGCCCGGCGCCCCAGCCACCACCACCACGACCAUCACCACCACCACCACCACCACCACUACUACUACUACUACUACUACAACACCACCAAAUACGACCCAAAACGCCUCCGCGACCACUCCGACCCCGCAAGUGGACGAGGUGGACGACAAAGAACUGUCGGGUGCGGAAGAGGAGAAAGAAGUCGAGAAAGCUCUGUUGAAGCCACUGUUGUCCUUGGAGGAUCUGGUGAGGUUCUCAGCCCUCGAAGGAAGCGGCGGAGAUUCCCUGAGAACGUUGCUGCAACGAGGACAAGAGACCGGAGCCGAAUGGCCAGGGCUAGAACACGCGAACAUCGGUCCGUACAUACAAAAGAUGCUCGCAGCAGCUGCGCCGUUCAAAGGCAUGGAGUCGCAAGACUAUCGCAUUCCAGAGGUGAUGAGAAGACUGAUGAGCGAAGACAAGAGGCUAAACAAGAGCGUAAACGGGGACCAGUCGCAGCCACCGCAUCAGCAGCUUCAUCAUCAUCAUCAUCAAUCGACGCAUCCGCAGGCGCAGUCGCAGGCGCAACAGCAGCAGCAGCAACAGCAGCAACGCGGACCGAUCACCAACGACGACUUUAAUCCCAACAUCGAGGAGGAGGCGAGCGACAGCGCUCAAGGUAGAGCGAUUCUGAAGAUUCCGUCCUACAAGCCCGCCAGUACCCCUGGAUGUUCGAGCAAAAACGGCGAGCCAACGUCUGCGGCGUUCGCCCAAGGGUUCGCCGCCGCUGCCUCGAGUCCGGGCCUUCUGGAACGAGCCAGUCCGGCGUUCUCCGGCACCAGCAGCCCGACCAAUUCGCUGGUCGGGAAAACGGUCGCCGUGAAUUUCCGUGACGUGAUCGCGAAGAGCAUCAGCGUGAAAUUCCAAGAGGGUCAGUCGGUCGCCGCGUCUGGAAUGCCCGGGUGUCAACAGGCCGGGGUAGUACAGUCGCAGCAAACCAUGAUGAACGACCCUAGCCCGUUCAAGAGGGGACGAUACACUCCACCUCAGCCAUCCUCGCAGCAGUCGCAGUCGCAGGCGAAACCGCAGGCUCAGGAGGCGAACAAACCGAAACCGGCUACCGGCGGCAAGGGAACCAGACCGAAACGCGGCAAGUACAGGAACUACGACAGGGAUAGCCUGGUCGAGGCUGUACGCGCUGUUCAGCGGGGUGAAAUGAGCGUGCAUCGCGCAGGCAGCUAUUACGGAGUACCACACUCCACCCUCGAGUACAAAGUGAAGGAACGGCAUCUGAUGAGGCCAAGGAAGAGGGACCAGAAGCAGUCGGACGACAAAACGAAAGAGACCGUGACAGCGGCGGCUGCCGCCGCGAACAUUCGACCAGGCACGGCGGACAAGAAACCUCAGCUGAAGCCGCAGAAGCCGUUCACACCUCCCGGCGGUAUACCAGGCCCGAACGGGAUCAAGAUGCCCCCGUUCAUGGAGGGUAUGCCUCCUCUACCGUUCACGCCGUUCAACUUCUGGAGUCCGCCGCCGUUCAUACCAUCGCCGUUCAUGGCUGGAGCGCCCAACGUCCCGACCAUCUUACCGGAGCAGUACUUCGCGACCAGCAGGAUUCGCGGGUUGCAGGAACAACAGAGAAACGCGGCGAUGGUGCAACAACAGCAGCAACGAGACAGGGACGGUAUCGGCGUGGCCGCGGCGACCGCCGAAUCACCUGGGACCUCGAAUUCGCGCAGCACGCCGAUGAGCAAAGGGCCGAGAGAGGUGUCCGAGAGCUUGUACGACGGUUCCGGGGCGAACGGUAGUUUCCUGGACAAUUUGAUCAGGUCGAGCCUCGAGACGGGAAUUCCAAGGGACCAGAGGGCGAUGACCGAGGCGAGGAACCAGCAACAGUCCUCGUCGCAGCAGCAACUCCCGGAAUCGAUGAGGAGUAAAACGUUGAUCGAUCAGCUGUGCAGAAACUCGAGGAGGACACCGGUGCCGCGGUUAGCUCCGGACAGCAGCGAGGACGAGAGUUACAGGGGACCGUCCGCAACCGGAAGGCCGGUCCCCGAGCGACCGGAACGUGUGCCCACCGUUGACCUCAGCCCGUCACCGUCCGACCGCGGUCGGAACGACGACGGUAGCGAUCGUCUCACGUCCCCACCGACUCCUCUCUCGAUAUCGAGAGCCGGUAGCAGAGACGAGGACAGUACCCGCGACUCGAGGAUCGAUCGUAGCAGCAGGGAACGCGAAGUUCACAACGGUGGCCAAGAGGAUCGGGAUCGAAAGUCUCUGACCAUUCAUCAGCCGCAGCAACAACAGCAGCUGAAUCACUACCCGGACUUACACAAUCUCUACGCCGUAUCAACUGACAAAAAAAGUGCCUGUGAUAGUAAGCUUAUAGUAGAUCCUUCGAGCCAGAAGGCUCAACAGCAGCAGCAGCCGUCGCAGUCGCCGCAGCAACCACCACAACCACCACAACCACCACCACCACCACCACCACCACCACCAUCACAACAACAGCAACAGCAACAGCAACAACAACAACAACAGCAGCAGCCACAGCAGCAACAGAAAGAGUACGGUGCAGUGAGCGGACUGGUUGUACAACUGCAGCGGGGUUACAAUAGCGGGAAUAACAGGUCCGGCGAGCAGACGACAAACAGCCAGCAAUCGACGGAGCAACGCGGACCGGUGAUCAGUAUGGAAGACUCCGUUGAGCAGUAGGAAGAGAAAAAAGUCGGUAUCGUUGAUCAUCAGUCAAAGUAAAUAGAGAGUAAUACGGCGAACGGAUCCGUGUUUAGACGGUAAGAGCCCAUUACCCAUUGAAAAAUGCGAGUGCGGCAUGCAGUGCGCACUUGAACGCGUUUGCCACACGGUAUGCGGCCCACCCCGAGCUCAGGGCACCCUCUCUCCUUCGGUUCGCCGCUCGGUACAUCGCGCGCCACUAACGAUCGAAUCGCGUCUCUCUUGUCUCUCGUGAUCGGCUGACUCUCCGCGACAAAGAACCGGAAAUCGAGCAGGAGCCGUCGCGCGUCAGCUAUGAAAGCGAACGCGCGACCGUUUCCGAGGAGAGAAGAGGGCGUGGAAGCCGGAGGAGCGCCUCUUGCCGUUGGUGUGUGCGUGUGUAGGACGAGGGACGUUUCGAGAACGCGAAACGUGGCACGAAACGAAACGAAACGAAACGAAACGAAAUGAAACGAAACGGUAGUAGCCCCAGCCUGAUCCUGCCCUUUCCAUCCGGAAGCCCCUUGAACGUCGCGAAGCAACUUCGCGAUACACCAAACGAAAGGCGACAGAAAGAAAAAGAAUCUAUCCAAACAUCCGUGAACCCACUGCGAUUCCAUCAGUUGCACGCGCAUCCGGCACCACCGAUCUCCGUCCCAGCUGACGGUAGGUCGUACCGGAAGAACACUCACUUUUCGAUUAUGGCGAUAUUUCGAUUGGAGGAGAACGCGAACACUUGUAACGGUGUUACAAGACACACGUUGCGAUGUUAUUGUAACAUACUCAUACUCGAUUCACACACGCGUACACGCAUACACAUACACAUGGACAGAUUACACGCAGGUAGUUGUACUUUCACACACGUACAUGGACGCCUCUGACAGCGUCGGAUACACGCGGUAGCGCCCCGUACGUACGUACCAAAUGCGUACUACGGUCGCCUGCGCGAUAUCCUACGCGAAGGAUACCGAAAAUAAAGGAAGAAAAAUAAAAAUGAAAACGGGGAGCAGACGAACAGUACGCGGUAAAAAGCAGUCCGCGCGUGCACGCGUCCGUAGGAAAAACACGCGUUGGGUAGGAGCGCGCGGUGAAAAUUCCGCAGGGUUGCACCCGGCCGACUGUACGCGCGCGGAAAAAUCGUCGGCCGCCACGCACUAGGACUUUUCGAACGCGCACGGGAGGAGAUGAGGAACGAACAAAAAAGGAAAAAAAGAAGGACAAGGGUUAAAGAGAAAUGAAAAGAAAAAAUUGCCGACGCAGCAACGUAUUUUUUCCUCUAUCGAUGUAAAACUACCUAAUGCAAAAAGAAAAAAAACUUAUUACCUACUACUAACAUUACUUAACUCGUAAGG